CGAUUGUCAGCAGCUCUCGGAACUGCGUCCCCGCCCCCCACCUUCAGCUUCUUCCCACUCGCCAAUCCUCGCUGUCCUUAUUCCGUCUCUCACCUCCUUCUCGAUCUUGUGACUUACCUCCCCAUCCCUCACCCUCUCUGUCCAUUCUUGCUCCAUUCUGUCGAGCAUCGUGCUCGCUUGACGCCUUGGGUACCUUAGUUUCGUGUUGCUUCGAAGGCCACGAAGCGGGAGCGGUGGGGGGAGACUACGGUGGAUCCCUCUGAAAGAAACUGGAUGCUUGCUUGUUAGUUUUUUCCCCGAUUCAGCAUCGUUCCCUGAAUGUGGACCAGUUUCCACGGAGAGUUUCUGUCUAGUUCCUGUCUUUGUUGGUGUCACUGUGGAGGAUUUGGGCGCAGUCAAAUGCGGUGCACGUCGCUCGUCUGUUACUGUGAUUCGGCUGGAACCUGAAGGAUCGCUCAUGAUGCCCUGCUCGAGAGCGGUUUUCUGGAAAGGUUCAGUAAGAGUUGUGUAACAGGAAUUUUUUUCGGGUUUAGCGGUCCGUCUCUUUGUGUCAUGGGUCUUGUUUCGGCUUCGGGGUGAUUAAAUUGCCGCCUUAAUCUACACUGCGUCUCUCUGGACGCUCCUACAGUCGCUGCUCGAAAUUGUGUUUUGGAGACUCUCAUCUGUUGUACCUGUCGACUUCAUUUGGGCAACACGCUCUUCGCAGCAUAUUUUGCCCAUUUCGAGUUGAUGCGUUCCUCUGUGCAUACUUUACCAAUUCGUAUCAAGAGGUAAAGUAUUGUAGUGCACUGCGAAUCGAGAGGUCUUCUUGGUGAUGCAACUGACGUUGUUGCCUCACUGAAUCUUGAAAUCUGAGUUUCUGCUGUUUGAGCUGUCGCCGGGAUGGCUCGCGAUCCUAUUCUGUUUUCUCCACGGACUGCCCGGACCGCGUCCAGGUUUCCGCCUGAUGCUGUAGGUGCACGAACGGAUAAAGACAAAGGAGUCAACGUCCAAGUCCUGGUUCGUUGCAGGCCCUUAAGCGACGAUGAGAAGAAAGCUAAAUCUCCUCAAGUCAUUUCUUGCAACGAACAGCGUCGAGAAGUUACGGCAUUUCAAUGCUCAGCCCACAAACAAAUUGACCGAACAUUUACUUUUGAUAAGGUAUUUGGACCCCAGUGUAAGCAAAUUGAAUUGUAUGAUGAAUCCAUCGUUCCUAUCGUCAACGAGGUUUUGGAUGGCUACAACUGCACUAUUUUUGCAUAUGGGCAGACCGGGACCGGAAAGACCUUCACUAUGGAAGGGUCAGGAAUGAAGUCGAAGAACGGAGAACUUCCUCCCGAUGCGGGUGUCAUUCCUCGUGCUAUCCAACAAAUUUUCGAGACACUUGAUAAAGACGAACAAGAGUACAGUGUGAAGGUCACCUAUCUUGAGCUCUAUAACGAAGAGCUUACUGAUCUAUUAGCACCUGAAGAGUAUUCGAAAGUGGUUAUCGAUGAGAAAGUCAAGAAACAUCUGCAACUGAUGGAGGAUGGAAAAGGUGGUGUUCUCGUCAGGGGUUUAGAGGAGGAAAUCGUGACCAGUGCCAGUCACAUUUACACUCUGCUUGAUAGGGGCUCGGCCAGACGCCAAACUGCGGAUACAUUGUUGAACAAACAAUCCAGUCGAUCUCAUACCAUCUUUUCCAUUACCAUACACGUCAAGGAAACCACCCCCGAGGGCGAGGAACUGAUGAAGUGUGGGAAGUUGAAUUUAGUGGAUUUGGCCGGAUCUGAAAACAUCUCUCGGUCUGGCGCUAAAGAUAUGCGCGCGCGGGAAACUGGAGAAAUCAAUAAAAGUCUACUUACGCUUGGACGUGUGAUAACAGCUCUGGUCGAGCACUUGGGUCACAUCCCUUACAGAGAUAGUAAGCUGACAAGAUUGUUAAGGGAUUCCUUGGGAGGAAAGACAAAAACGUGUAUAAUUGCCACCGUCUCGCCCUCAGUUCCUUGUCUCGAAGAGACACUGAGUACAUUGGAUUAUGCAUAUCGUGCCAAAAACAUCAAGAACAAGCCUGAGGUGAACCAAAAAACGUUGAAAACCGCACACAUUAGAGAUCUUUACAGCGAGAUAGAGAGGCUCAAAUCAGAGGUCUACUCUGCCCGUGAAAGAAAUGGCAUUUACAUUCCGCGUGAUCGUUACUUCGAAGAGGAAGCUGAGAAAAAGGCCAUGGUGGACAGGAUAGAACGCAUGGAAAUUGAUUUGGAGGUCAAAGAUAAGCAAAUUGAAGAUUUAGAGAAGUCGAGUGAAAUUCAACAGCAGCAGUAUGCCGAUCUCCUCGCCAAGCUAAAUCUCACACAGGAAUCCCUCGAUCGCACUCGAGACCAUUUGAACGAAACAACAGAGAACUUGAAGCAAGCCAAUAUUUCAAUAAGAGAGCAUGAUUUCGUAAUUGCGAAUCAUAAAGAAGCAGAAAAGGCACUUGUCAGCCAGGCAACUGAGUUGAGAAAGGAGCUGGAGGCAACAGUCCAGGAUGUUGCAGGAUUAUUCGCAAAGAUCGAGAGAAAAGAGAAUAUGGAGAUCAAAAACUUAAAAUUGGUAGACGCUUUUCAAACUGGUCUGAAAGAACAAAUGGAGCAACUCCGUGCUCUAGUGGUAUCAGGAGUGGGUACUCAACAGCAGCAAUUCCGGACUUUAGAAGAGCAACUCCAAGCUUUCCUGAACUUCAAAGAGAAGUCUGUGGAGGAGCUUAAGAGGAAACUCCAGGGAUUGAAGGACCUGUAUAUAACCCAGUUGCAUUCAGUCCACGUGACUGUGCAUGCACAUGAGACUGUAUCGACCUCCACAUUCAAGACCCUCGAUUCCACCGUGACGGCAUAUCCAGCAGCCCUUGAACAGCUUUUGGUAAGCGCCAUAGCAGAUGCACAGAGUGUGCUUAAUGAAUUACAAGAGAAUAUCGCUACUCAAGGUCAAGAAGUAGCUAGUUUUGCCCAACAACAACGUGAAGCAGCGCGAAGGAGCCUGGAAGCAGCACGCGAUAUCACUCAGGUAGUGACAACCUCCUUGUCAACCAUGGAGACCGACGCUGCUAACUUCCGAGAGCAUGUGAACUCGACUAGCUCCGUGCACGACCACGAACUCAUCCAGCUUGCAGAUGCGUACGAGGAACAUGCCCGGAAAGAUCAUGCCCAGCUCCUUGAAAAGAUCACAGCAAUGUUGGCCAGUUCGCUGUCAACUCGGACCAAUCUUAUUCAAACGUCUGUCAAGAAGCUUAGGGACAAGGCAAAUCAAGACGCGACUGUGGUGCAACAAGGGCUUGAAAAGAUUCAGCAAGAAGCUGUUUCUGCAAACGGACACCUCGCUACCUACAUCGCCACUGCAGACUCAUCUUCAAUUGAAGAUGCAGCUUUGUUAAACACCAAGGUUUCUCGGAUGGAGGAGACUCUCCAGUCGUGUACCGACCAUACUUCAACUUCUGGUCGGAAAUGGGAAUCCACCCACAAGGAAAUCAUGGAGCUACAGAAUUCUCACACUGCGGCCGUCAACUCUAUUAUUGGGGAGGGCUUACAAGCGAACGCGAAUCUUUUGGUCAACAUUCAAGGACAGGAGGAUGCUGCGCUGAUGGAGAUCGAGACUGAGAACAAUUACACAGUUACUUUUGUAAACGAAACCUGUGCUGGAGAGGCUGAAGCAGCUGCAAGAAUGCAGUCAACGAUGGCAUCCCAAGUUGCAGCAGCUGCAGAACUAGAGAGCGGCCAUAGCUCAAGUGUGUCUGCCGUCCAAAAGCACGCCGAUCACGUUCUGAAAGAGGAGUACUUGGAGGAGCAACCUACAUGUUCAACUCCCAGGAGAAGACCUAUUGAAGUGCCAACGCAGUCUUCAAUUGACGCUUUGUGCACUCCAUCCCUUCUAAGUCUGCUUGAUGAGUUCCGAACGAAGAGUGUUAUCGGCGGUUCCGAUGGACUUAGUAAAACAUUCCUAUCAGUGGAAGCAUCCUUCCGUGAAUCUCGAGCGCCCCUCUCCACCAUUAACUAAGCCACUCUGGCAGACCCUGUGGGAACCACAACACGGAACUUUUCAAUCAAGCCAGUUCAAUGUAGUUCACCUCGCAGAAUGAUUACUGCUCUAAUUCUCUUCUUGCAAUUUCGGUUAUCGACAUCUGAUAAAUCCGCCGUUGAAUGGAUCCUUAUUAGGAUGUUAAGUGAUUCUGAAGCACGGCAGCUGGUUGCAACCUCUGCAACAUCGCAAGGAGUGGUGUUGCUGCUUUCAGCUCAAUCCUUGAGGAAUGGUGUCAUCUUGAUGCCAGAGGUUGGUAAACAUUCUGUACUUGUACCCUACGAGAUCCAGUUUUGAUGAUCAUCACUUACAGCCCUUUCCGGUAGUGUCUUCUACAUACUCAUGUACUUUGUAGGGGCAUUGAAGUGUCCCUUGUUUCUAAUAUUUUAUUCACUGGAACUAGUUCAAUCCAACAA